AAGAAAUGGAGCCACUUUUUACUUUUCUCUUGCUUCUUUUCAAACUCUGCGAGCUUUUUAAUUUCAUCAAAACCUAUGAUAUCAUUCAGGAGACUGGGAUUAGGGCAGCUAAUGCUGGAGAGACUGUGACUUUACCCUGUUCCUGUCAGCAUAAUGCUAUAACAUAUUUUUUUUGGUACCAGCAAAAACUGGGACAUAAACCUCAUCUGAUAUCUAACCGCAUGAAGCACAGCAAAGAAUCCAUCAUCUCCCCAGCAUAUAAAGAUAGAUUUCAAGUUCUUUCAGAGCCCGAAGAAGGACUCAACAAUCUGAUGAUCAUAGAUCUUAAGCCGUCGGAUUCGGGGACAUAUUACUGUGUGAUUUUAGCAUUCAACACCAUUGAAUUUGGACAAGGACUCUUUCUCCAUAUCAAAACAGCUUCAUCAAACACCCAGUUGCCUAUUCAACAGUCUGCAUUGAGUCCCCUACAACUCGGAGACUCACUAAAUCUGAGCUGUAGCGUGUCUGCUGAGCCAUGCAAAGGAGAACAGAGCCUCUACUGGUUGAGACAUACUGCCUCCCAACCCUCACUCAUGUAUCCCAGUGCAAAAAACUGUAUAGGUCUUAAAAACGGACCCCUUCAUUGCACUUCCAACCUUGAGUUAAAUUCUGUGAUGUCCUCGGAUGCUGGGACCUACUACUGUGCUCUGACCUCAUGUGGGAUGGUUGUAUUUGGAGAAGGAACAAAUGUGGAGAUUUUAGCGUCUUCUUUCCUGGUGUAUGUCCUGGGUGUGGCUGUUGUCAUUUCCAUCAUUGGGCUCCUUUUUUUGUCUUUCCUGAGGAACAAACUUAAAUCCAAGCUAUGCAUGUCAUGCGCAGGGACGAGUAAACCACAGUGCUCUGAAGCCCUUGAGAUUACUGAAAAUCAGACAGAAAAUCUGCAUUAUGCUGCUCUGAAUAUAAAGAGGAAAGCUGAAGGACAGCAGCAAGAGGACGACCCUGUCAGCACUUGUGUGUAUUCAACAGUGAAGAGCAGAAAAGAAUAAAGCACCUCCUUCAUGGCUGACCCUAAAGGAAGAAACACAGCCAUCCAAAUCAAUAAAAUCAAAAUGUAAAGAAUGGAAUUACAU